CGCAACACCGGCCCCGUCGGUACGCGCGGACUGACGCAUGCGCAGUGGGCAUCGAGUAAUUCGGCGGUGAAAAGGAAGCAGCCUACUUUUGUAGUGGUGCGAGCAGCGCGGGUACUAGCGAGGGGAACACCGCGGGAUUCAGCACCGACCACAGCGAUACUUUGCUCCGGAGCACCGGGACGCAGCGCACGGCUCUGGGCAUGGCGGAUAAAGACGUGUACGACGAUGCGGUGGAGGAGAGGGUCAUCAACGAGGAGUACAAGAUCUGGAAGAAGAACACACCUUUCCUGUAUGACCUGGUGAUGACUCACGCCCUGGAGUGGCCCAGUCUGACUGUCCAGUGGCUUCCAGAUGUCAACAGGCCAGAGGGGAAGGACUAUGCAGUUCACCGGCUGGUUUUGGGAACCCAUACAUCAGACGAGCAGAACCACCUUGUGAUCGCCAGCGUCCAGGUACCGAAUGAUGAUGCCCAGUUCGAUGCCUCGCACUACGACAGCGAGAAAGGAGCAGAGUUUGGUGGAUUUGGUUCAGUAAGCGGGAAAAUCGAGAUAGAGAUCAAGAUCAACCACGAGGGAGAGGUCAACCGAGCCCGCUACAUGCCCCAAAACCACUGCAUCAUCGCCACCAAGACUCCCACAUCUGACGUGCUCGUCUUCGACUACACCAAGCACCCGUCAAAGCCAGAUCCCAGUGGGGAGUGUAGUCCUGACUUAAGGCUGAAAGGCCAUCAGAAAGAAGGGUACGGCCUCUCCUGGAAUCCCAACCUCAGCGGAAACCUGCUCAGCGCCUCCGAUGACCAUACCAUCUGUUUGUGGGACAUCGGGGCCGGCCCAAAAGAAGGGAAGAUUGUGGAUGCCAAGACUAUCUUCACCGGCCACACAGCAGUGGUGGAAGACGUGUCCUGGCAUCUGCUCCACGAAUCCCUGUUUGGCUCAGUGGCUGACGACCAGAAACUCAUGAUAUGGGACACUCGGUCCAACACCACGUCCAAAGCCAGCCACGCUGUAGAUGCUCACACUGCCGAGGUCAACUGUCUGAGCUUCAACCCCUACAGCGAGUUCAUUCUGGCCACUGGUUCUGCUGAUAAGACUGUUGCAUUGUGGGAUCUAAGGAACCUCAAACUGAAGCUCCACUCCUUUGAGUCCCACAAAGAUGAAAUUUUCCAGGUACAAUGGUCUCCUCACAACGAGACCAUCCUGGCCUCCAGCGGCACCGACCGACGUCUCAACGUCUGGGAUCUCAGUAAAAUCGGGGAGGAGCAGUCGGCAGAAGAUGCUGAGGAUGGCCCACCGGAGCUGCUGUUCAUCCACGGCGGCCACACAGCCAAGAUCUCUGACUUCUCUUGGAACCCCAAUGAACCCUGGGUCAUCUGCUCAGUGUCCGAGGACAACAUCAUGCAAGUCUGGCAGAUGGCGGAGAACAUCUACAACGACGAGGAGCCAGACAACACCCCUGCAUCAGAGCUGGAGGCUCAGGGUUCAUAACCCGGCUCUGCAUGAGUCUCUCCAGGCACGACCCCCCCCCCCCCCCUCUCCCCACCUACCAACCCCCUCUUCCCCUCUCCGUUCCCAUUCCCAGCCCGUCAUGUCCCUCCCCGGCUUAUCGAGUGCAUAAUGAACAAUGUUGAGAGUCGGAGACAGCGUGAACUCCAUCCCUUGCUAACAGACAGUUUGAUUGCGGCUCAUCUUGCUGACACUUCACCGCGGCCCAGGUACCCAACAUCGCCUAAGCACUUGGGAGUAGGAUGAGAGUUGAAAUGUGGUUCCUGCUCAGGAUGUAGUAUCUCUGGUGUGUUUGGGGAAUGGGGUUGUUAUGGGGGUGGGGGGGGCUUUGAAGACUAUACAGAAAACCUCUAUGUGCACAAAGUCACUGUAGACUAUUGGUAAGACCCGUCAAAGGGCUCAUGCAACGAGAACAUGAGAAGUGUCAUUUUACAUUUUGACUGCGUAGCCAGAAAGCCUCUAGUUAGUGGGCUUCCCUCCAGAAACAAAUAGGAAACCUGGACAGCAGAAGACUAUCCGAAGCCACGUCAGUCCAAUCUGAUUGGUUUAAAGCUAACCACAACGGCCAUCUCCAGGGGAGAUGUCUUUUAUUCUUUAUUUCCCACCCGUCACCUUUUGUCCCAUAAUAAUCUUACUCAUCUGAUACUUCACGGCUGUCCUUUACAGACAAAUUCCCUGCUGUGUUUGCCUCCUGUUCACAGGUACAUCAACUCUUCAGUGUUUGGUUGAGUGAAAUGUGUGGGACUAAAUUAGUGCACUUGAGAAAAAAAAAAAAAAAAAAAAAAAAAAAUCUGUUUCCUCUUCUUUCUGUUGUGACAUAAUGUGAAAUUGCCUUGUUUUGUUUCCUGCACCACAAAUUGCAAUA